CAUGUCCUUAUAUUGGUAGGCUCCGCCCGCCUCGUUCUUUUCUCUCUAAGACCCGCAGCCAUGAGCAUGCUCAGGCUCCAAAAGCGCUUGGCGUCCAGCGUCUUGCGCUGUGGCAAGAAGAAGGUCUGGCUGGACCCCAAUGAAACCAAUGAGAUUGCUAACGCCAACUCCCGCCAGCAGAUCCGCAAACUGGUGAAGGAUGGUCUGAUCAUCAAGAAGCCCGUCACGGUGCACUCCCGCGCCCGCUGCCGCAAAAACACAAUGGCGCGCCGCAAGGGUCGCCAUAUGGGUGUCGGUAAGAGGAAGGGUACGGCGAACGCCCGUAUGCCAGAGAAGCUGUGCUGGAUGCGCCGCAUGCGAAUUCUGCGUCGCCUGCUCCGGCGUUACAGGGAGUCCAAGAAGAUCGACAGGCACAUGUACCACAGCCUGUACCUCCGGGCCAAGGGUAACGUCUUCAAGAACAAGCGUAUCCUCAUGGAGCACAUCCACAAACUGAAGGCCGACAGGGCUCGCAAGAAGCUCCUAUCUGACCAGGCUGAGGCUCGCCGCUCUAAGACCCGUGAGGCCCGUAAGCGUCGCGAGGAGCGUCUGCAGGCCAAGAAAGAAGAAAUCAUCAAAAACCUGUCAAAGGAGGAGGAGACCAAGAAAUGAGCCUUUAAAGUGCCCCUCUUUCAGUUAUAAUAAAACACACACAAAAGUCA